AUGGCUGUCGACUACCUCGAUGCACUCAAUCCUACAGCCUCUACUCCUUCCCAGUGUCCUGCAGGGUUCCAAACUUCGGCAAUGAUUCAAUUGACCAACGACGAGAGUUUGAACGCAUUCGACUCAUCUGGGGAAGAAACGGGUGGUGGCAGCGAAACCAGCUCCCUAACCAGCUCAAAGACUAGCGUAGGUUUUGGUCUUACCGAAGUAGAUAGCCGGUCAGAGACUGACCGUGACUUAAAGCUUUCAGAUCACUAUGUGGCAGAGGCGAUGGACGGCGAUGGUGGCCGACCACCGUGCUUGGCGGGUAUCAAAAUCUAUGCGAAGGCACAACAGGAGUUCGAACGAAUUCGGCAGGCACAUCGUACAUUGGCUCCGACAGGAUGUACUCCGCAGUUUUGCCAGUCCGGUCGUAUGACGCGCACGAAUGAGACGCGAGUUGGCAGAGACAGACCGCUGGCAGAGAUUCAGCAGGAGGCCACCGACUUUUUAAGAGAAUGCCGGGACCACGGAGUCAUAGAGUCGGAUGAGCAUCUACAAAAGCGCAUAGAUGAAGCUCUGGCACAGAUCUUAGACUCUUCGAUCGUCACCACCGUCACAGACGUGAACGGAAACCAGCGUAUUGACCUGGCAGGGGGCACGUGGCAUCAGACGACUGAGGAAUUGGAGUACGGGCUGCGUGCAGCAUGGAGGAACUCUCGCCGAUGCAUCAUGCGGUCAGAGCACCAGAGCUUAACGUUGUACGACUUUCGAAAUGUACAUUCGAGCCAUGACAUGGCUCGUGCAAUUCUGGACAGCAUGGUGGAGGCUUUCAAUCGUGGGCACAUUCUACCCUCCGCCUUCAUCUUCCCCGCACGAUUACCUGGAAAACGAGGUCCUAUGGUCUGGAAUCAUCAGAUACUGGCGUUUGCCGGAUAUCGCAUGCCGGAUGGUUCAGUCCUCGGCGACCCUGCAAACGAAGAAAUCACCAACGCCAUCAUCAAGUUCGGCUGGAAACCGCCGGUGAAUAAAUCUCGCUGGGAUUUGCUGCCCCUCGUGGUCAUGGCCGAAAACGACAAACCAUGCAUGAUGGAGAUUCCGCUCGAACUGCAACGCACUGUUCGCAUCACACAUCCUCGUUAUCAACGAGAGUUCAAAGAGCUAGAUCUUCGCUGGGUCCUUGCUCCCGCACUUAGCCGAUUGGGAUUCGACAUCGGUGGCAAUCAGUACACCGCAAGUCCGUUCAUAGGCUGGUUCAUGGACGCUGAGAUUGGUAUUCGCAAUUUGGCGGACACAUUCAGGUACAACAGUCUGCCAGCCAUCGUCCAAGCACUUAGUUUAAGCGAUGAUCCUUCGACACCGCUUGACGAAUUGCCGGAAUAUAAGCGACUGGUUGCUUUAUCUCGAGCCCAGGCGGAACUCAACUUCGCCGUGUAUUAUUCGUACAUGAACGAGCAAGUUACCAUGACAGACUCCUUGACGAGUUCAAUGGAGUAUCAGAACUACGACGAGGAGUACAAGGAACGGACAGGCUUCAGUUUGCCAGCCGAUCCGUACUGGAUUGCACCUCCUCAAGGCUCAAUCAUCUCACUUUGGCACCGAGGUGGCCUUCCCAAUUAUCAGCCGAAGCCUUUGAUAUGCAAGCAUGUUCAGGACCCAGUCAAAGCCUGGACUCGGGAAUCGCCUGACUUUGAACGAUCAUGCGAUAAAACAUCAUCGAGCAUCUCCAGCAGCCCCUCCGUCAGCCGGCCCACCAUCCAAAUCUUCUUCUGCAGCGCUGGCGUCAGCGCCAGGAAGAUGGCAACGAAGCUGCACGCAACGAUGCGGAAACGCGUGUGCGGAAUCACAGGCAGCUUUGAUGUCAGGUCUGAGCAACCUCUUAACAAGCUUGAUCUUGCAGCCACGGGCGAAGAAGACAUAAUCUUCAUUAUAUCAAGUACAACGGGACGCGGUGCCAUCCCUCCUAAUGCACAGAGGUUCAUUGAACGUUACCAAUCCGCGGAGCGUAUGACGUCCCCUCCCCGGUUUUCUUGUUUUGGCAAUGGCGACAGCACGUACGGGGACACGUAUAAUGCCUCCGCGAAGGUCGUUCAAGAGCUCAUGGUUAAGCUUGGCUGCAGAUCUCUGUUUGACGACUAUUUCUCCGGUGACACAGCUGUGCGCAAUCCCGACUGGGAAUCUUUCAAUCGGUGGACCGAUGCGAUUGAUCAUCUUGUCUUCGGAGCUCCAAAACCUACCAAAGCCUCCUCGUCGCCGAUCGAGUCCAAACGCAAGAACAUGCUCAUGGCUGACAUGCCUACAGCAAUGCUCGUGCGCAAGGAAAAACGUCAUCCAAGAGGCUUAACCCACAUCAGCUUAAAUAUUGGCGAUUUGAAGUGCCAUGAAAUAGAUCACAUCAAGAUCUUGCCCCCGAAUCCGGAAGGAAAGGUGGCAGAAGUGUUGGACGCUCUGCAUCUCAAGGCAACUGACACUUUGCCGUGGCAUCGAGAGACAGCUCGCGACUUCUUCAGCAAGUACGUAGACUUGGACGAGCCUUUCAAGACGCUGAGCUGGUGCCCUGGUUUCGACCGGAUGAGUUCUGAGCAGCAAGAACUUCUGAGACGCGCGAAGGCACGGGACGUGCUGACCGAUGGCCAGAUGAGAAGACUCAUCAUGGAUGCCAUUGUUGAGAGCAUCUGUAAGGACAUGAGCUCGAUCACGCCUCGACUGUACUCAGUCGCCUCGUGCCCGGAGCACUUCCGAACGGACAAGGUGUUGGAAGGAGGCAAAGGCAAUGUUGUUGAUAUCAUGGUUAAGGUAAAUCCAGGUGGUCGCUUCAGCGACACAUUCCUUCAGCAGGCACGACUCGGCGACACCAUGCGUUUCAGUCUCGCAAGUCCCGACGUUGGGAAGCUGAUCCGGGCACACGAGCCAAGCGCUCCGCUUAUUGCCGUCAGCACAGGCUCGGGCAUCGGUCCUGUGCGUGCCAUACUACAGCGUCGCUUCGUCGACAGCUCCCGAGCCUCUGGCGAGUUUGGUCGACUAGGGACAUCAGGCGCCUUGUCGAGAGAGCCGAAGCGGAUCGAACAUGCACCCGUUUCUGAACACCGUUCAGGACGCUCGUCCGCACACCGGCGACGCAACUCCUUAGGCGGCGAAUCGCGUCUACCAGGCACCGGUCGCCGAGCACGUUUGGACGCCAGAAGUGCGAGGGGAUCAAUCAGCCUCUUCGCGGGUUUCAAGGACGUCGAUUCAGAGCUCAUCGAACAUCUUGUCCAACCAGCGGCAAGAGCAGGGCUGCUUGACAUCGUCGAACUCACGCCCAGCAACCCCGAAAAGAAGCGGGUGCAAGAUCGCAUGUUGCUACCCGAGACCAGGUCUCGGUUGGCCGAGAAACUCAAGGACCCAUCGUGCGUCGUGUUCGUCUGCGCGAACGAGGUCGCUGCCGAGGGCGUCUUUGCGAAUCUAUCUCUAAUUGCCGGCGAAGACGUGAAGCGGCUUCUGGGUGACAGAUACGUCGAAGAGGUCUUUCGGGACUAGAAAUGAUGUGACCAGUGACCUUCAUGUGCGCAUAUCUGCGGCGGACUUUUUUUUUUCUUCGUAGGUUUCUCGGCUUUCACGAUUUUCUCUUUAAAAAAAAAUAAAAAUGAAUAUAUA